AUGGAGGAGAUUGAUGAGGAGAGGAUUGAGACGAACGAGGGAACCGAGACAAGUGGUCAAGGUGGAACCAAUGUGCUAGCUGAGACAGCCGAGGGUGAUAGAGACCCUAACCCGAGCGACAGUGACCAAGAGGAAUACUUAAAGGUCACGAAAAUCUUAUCCAAUGAUGAGGAGGGCAUACCAACCCUCAUAGUUGAAGAAAAAAGGAGACCGAGGGAAGUGCCAAGAGAGAGAACACGAACUGAGCCAGUACCAGCACCGGUACCAGCACCAGAAUCGGGUGAGAAUGAACAGGAGAUUGAGAAUCAAAGGGAUGCGGCGAGAAGAAGGGGCCAAUGGGACCCGAUGAUAUUAGAGGUGGAGAUCAACAAUGAAAUGUUGAUGAGGCGGUUGAGUGUGACCGAGACAAUGCCGGAGAAUGAACCGGAGGAUGUGGUAGGAACUGAACCAAGGAUGAAACGAGAACAAGAGGGGAGAGAUGAGAAAACGGAGGAUGGUACCAGAGAAGUCGGGGGUGAACCCGAAGAGGAUCAUGUUAUGACCACCGGAAGUGAACCAAGGAAUGGCCAAUCGAAUGAGGCCGAUAGUGAACCAGGGGUUGACCAAGAGAUGGCACCAGAUCAAGGAUUAGGAGAACAAGAGGAGGAAGUGGACCAAGGACUAAGGGACUCCAUGAUGGAGUUAGUCGAGAAAUUGGCGGAAGAGGUAAGGCUGAGGAAACAAGUUGUCCGAAUGCAACACGGUCAAGGUAGCGAAAAGCGGUCCAAGUAUUUGGAGGAGGGAGUGACACCCACGAGGCAUGAGGAGAUGAGACCAUUGAGGGGAAUGCCGAGAACUAGAGCUCAGGCAAGGAAGAGAGUGACUUACCCAUCUCGAGUUCAUAAAAAACACUAUGGUGUGUGA